UCAGCUCACCUCACCGUCCGUCCCCGUCCCCCUUGUCUGCUUCGGCAUUGUUUAACGCCGCACCACCGCAUCCUCCGCGCGAGUGACGUCGUCGCCGCCGCGGAGUGCACCAGCGGCGAGGCCCGUCCUCCUCUCUCUCUCCCCCGGCGACGGCGAGAUCCCCCCGGCGGCCGUCCCCGCGAUGCCUGAGGCAAAUGCCGGUGCGCGCGGCGGCGGCGGGGAGCAGCGGACCAAGCUCCAGAGCGCAGAGGAGAUGGGUUUCUUCAGCGAGUACGGGGACGCCAGCAGGUACAAGAUCCAGGAGAUCAUCGGCAAAGGGAGCUACGGGGUCGUGUGCUCGGCCAUCGACCAGCACACGGGCGACAAGGUGGCCAUCAAGAAGAUAUCCAACAUCUUCGACCACCUGUCGGACGCCGCCAGGAUCCUCCGCGAGAUCAAGCUUCUCCGGCUCCUGAGGCACCCCGACAUCGUUCAGAUCAAGCAUAUCAUGCUGCCUCCGUCCAGGAGGGACUUCAAGGAUAUCUAUGUGGUUUUCGAGCUCAUGGAUACAGACCUCCACCAAGUCAUCAAGGCUAAUGAUGACUUGACAAAGGAGCACUACCAGUUCUUUAUCUAUCAGAUGCUUCGUGCGCUGAAAUAUAUCCAUACUGCUAAUGUUUAUCAUCGGGAUUUAAAGCCAAAGAAUAUAUUAGCAAACGCUAACUGCAAACUCAAGAUAUGCGAUUUUGGACUAGCAAGAGUUGCAUUCAAUGACACCCCUACAACAGUUUUCUGGACGGACUAUGUUGCCACUAGAUGGUACAGAGCUCCCGAGCUAUGUGGUUCUUUCUUUACUAAGUAUUCACCGGCUAUUGAUACAUGGAGUAUUGGUUGCAUUUUUGCGGAGGUUUUGACAGGAAAGCCUUUGUUUCCUGGUAAAAAUGUAGUUCACCAGCUGGAUUUGAUGACUGAUCUCUUAGGCUCUCCAUCAAUGGAGACAAUUUCUCGGAUCCGAAAUGAGAAGGCAAGGAGAUAUCUGAGCAGCAUGAGGAGGAAACAGCCAGUACCUUUUUCACAAAAAUUCCCCAAUGCAGAUCCUUCAGCACUCAAGCUCUUACAGAGGCUUCUAGCAUUUGAUCCUAAGGAUCGGCCGACUGCCGAAGAGGCAUUGGCCGAUCCCUACUUCAAAGGUCUCGCGAAAGUGGAGAGAGAACCAUCAUGCCAACCAAUUUCGAAAAUGGAGUUUGACUUUGAAAUGAGAAAGUUUACAAAAGAAGAUGUCAAGGAACUUAUAUUCAGGGAGAUAUUGGAGUAUCACCCUCAACUUCUCAAGAACUACGUGAACGGCUCCGAAAAAACGAACUUUCUAUAUCCUAGUGCUGUUGACAAUUUCCGGAGGCAAUUUGCCAACUUAGAGGAAGAUGGAGGAAAAAGUGGGGCAGCCGAGAGGAAGCAUGUUUCUCUUCCAAGGACUACAACAGUUCACUCUACGCCAAUUCCUCCAACAAAUGGUCCGGUCUCCCAAGUUCCUCAAAGGAUUCCAACAGCUAGACCAGGAAGAGUAAUUGCCUCAGCACCAACAGAGAAUGCAAGUGUUGCUGAUCGACACAUCGGGCGGAGAGUGGCUAGGGAUCCGGUAGUUCCUCCAGCAGCUGCCAGCUACCACCUGAAGUCUGACUGCUCUGACAGACAGCAUCAGCAGGAGCUUGAGAAGGAUCGCGCGCGGUACAGGCCAUUGCAUCAUUUCAGGGAUGCCAAGGUUGCCCCUGAGAUGGCUCCAGACAUUCGGUCCUCGCCUUAUUACAUUCCUCCAUUUAGUGGCAUCGCAGCUGGAUACAGCAAGGUUGCUGCAGUCACAAGGAUGUACUAGAGCAAUGGUCGAGCGAGUUUGCCAUUCUUGCCUUUGUUGAUAGUGAGAAGUGCGAGACGGAGAGCGGACUUGGUGGUACAUGUCUGAUCAAAAUGAUGCAAGCAUGCCAAAGAACUUUUAGGUUCUAGCUGCCAAAUUGGCCGGCGCCACCAUGUCCAUGCUGUAGGUAUUGCAGUCAAUCUUCUCCUCUUUCUGCUAGAAGAAUGGAAGAAGGGUGGUAGAGCAGGGUGAAUUUCUCCUUUUUUUAAUUUAGGAGUUAGGACACAGUGGCUCUUCUGUAUAUAUUACAAAUCUUGAUUUUCUCUUCUGCCGGUUGAAGCUGAUGCUUCUUGUGUUAAUAGACUCAAAGAAUACCUCUCAGAGGCUGUUUAAAAGGAAUUGAAAGCUCUAGAGUUCCUUUUC